AUUUGGAGAGUCCUGUUUGGCUUGAUCCGAACCAACACAGAAACGAACCAAGCUCCGGUCGUUUAGCGUAUAUUAACAGUAGUUCUCGUUCGCAAGCCCUGCUUUAGAUCCCGUUCUCGCCCUUUCUUUGUUCGUCUGAUGAUGCGCGUUUGACCUGUUUGUGUGUUCCAGCCAGAUAAAUCUGUGCGCAUCUAGCGCGCUCCUCUGCCUCUUGUCUGGCGUGUGUCAAACUGCUUCAACGUCCCGCCAGCCACGAGAAUCAUGGUCCGAUUUGCGGCCUUCUCCGCGCUCGCGCUGGCCGCAUCAACGGUCACAGCCACCUCAAGUGCCGGCAGUAGCUGCAUCGGCGUCAACGCCGUCAGCUCCACGUGCAGACCCUCAGAGACGUUGCACAGUCGAGAAUUCUUCUACGUCGGGGGCCAAAGCGCACCAGACCCCACGGGCAACAUCACCAUCGGCCAGCUCUACGUCGAGAAGCUCACCCCCAUCCUCACCCUUCGUUCGACUCCCUUAGUCUUCAUCCACGGCGGCGGUAUUCCGGGAACCACAUGGCUCAACACCCCUGACAAUCGUCCCGGGUGGGCGACCUACUUCCUGAAGCAAGGCUACCAGGUCUACCUUGUCGAUGCCAACAGCAUCGGCCGAUCCACAGCCAAUAAUGCAGCCAACUUCACCAUGGCCGUGGGCAUGUCGGCCGAAUUUGUCGAGAUGGGCUUCACCGGCGUCAAGAAUUACAACACCUACCCUCAAUCCCAGCUUCACACCCAAUGGCCCGGUACGGGCAUGCGCGGCGAUCCCUACUUUGACCAGUUCCAACAAAGCUUCAUCCCAUACACAACCAGCCAAGUCUCCCAGGAGCUGGCCAUGCGCGCCGCUGGAUGUGAGCUUCUCUCCCUCAUCGGCGCUCAGUCCUACCUGGUCUCUCACUCGCUGGGCUCUAAGUUCGCCGUCGGCAUCUCCAAUGACUGUCCUCAACAUCUCGCUGGGAGCAUCAAUGUCGAGCCCUCUACGAUCCCCUUCCGCGCCUACGGUUAUGGUCUGACCAGCAGCGCGGCUAAUCCCUGGGGUCUGACCAACACCCCCGUCGACUACGAGCCGGCGGUUUCCAGCGCCGCGGAACUCAACGCCACGGUCGAGUCUGUAGGUGAGGCGUCGUUGGCUCAUCGUAACUGCUACCUUCAAAAGGAACCUGUCCGAAAACUUCCAAAGAUCGCCAGUGUGCCCUACCUGGCCUUGACGGGAGAGGCCAGUGUCCACAUUACCUACGAUCACUGUAUCAUCGACUAUCUGAAGCAGGUGGGAGGCCAACCGGAGUGGAUCAAGCUUAGUGAAAUUGGGAUCAAGGGCAAUGGCCACUUCAUGCACCUCGAAAAGAACAACCUCGACAUCGCUCCCUUGGUCCACAAAUGGAUCAAGAAGCAGCAGCAAUGGUGGUGGUGGUAGGGUUUGCGUAUUGCUGUUCAGCAGCGGGACUGGAUGAGUUGUAAUACCUAUGUAAAUAGUAAAAGCAUACCUGUACACGUACGCAGUAAUCCUAAUCUGAUGCCCCUAAAGCCUCUUGACUGCCCAGGGGACUUUGAAGUUUGAAGUUACCACC